UCACACUCAUUCGCUAAAUUGUGGUGCUGUAGUCUUCCAGCAUUUUGUAGUUCUUUAAAUGUUUUUGUGUUAAGCAGAGUUACUCGUCUGCUAUAUUAUUUCUGUGUUUUACUACUUUGCUGUUUCGGUCAUCUCAACUUUCCGACAGUACGUGAAGGCGGCAUCGGGAGCUCAUCUGUUGGACACAGGGAAACUAAUCAGGAGCCAAGUAAAGACUUUUCAGCACUGUUAGCUACGAAGCUAGCAAGCUCAUAAAGUCAGCCGUCCAGACGACUAAGGAGUACAUACUUUUUUUUUUUUUUUUAAGAAGUACACUGUCUCUUCUGUACAGUACACACCAUUCGAGCCAUGUUUUAAAAAAAAAAAAACAACGCCGUUUUGUUGCGCUGAAAGUAGCGAAGGCGGAGCAGCCUUUGGCCAGCUGAAGCUUGUCGGCUAGCUCAUUGACGUUAGCGGGGAACGAAGUGCGAGCGGAGGCAAGAAAACAUGGAGCUGGACGACGUGGUCCUGUAUCAGGACGACCCGGGCAGCAGCAACAUGAUGUCCGAGCGGGUCUCGGGUCUGGCCAGCUCCAUCUACCGGGAGUUCGAGCGUCUGAUCGAGCGGUACGGGGAGGACGUGGUGAAGGAGCUGAUGCCGCUGGUCGUCGCCGUGCUGGAGAACCUGGACUCGGUGUUCGCUGUCAACCAGGAGCACGAAGUGGAGCUGGAGCUGCUGAGGGAGGACAACGAGCAGCUCGUCACCCAGUACGAGAGGGAGAAGGCGCGGAGGAAACACACGGAGGAGAGGUACAUCGCCUUGGAGGACUCCCAGGACGGCGAGAAGAAGGAUCUCCAGUGUCGACUGGUGAUGUUGGAGUCACACACGCGUCAGCUAGAGCUCAAAGCUAAAAACUAUGCGGAUCAGAUUAGCAGAUUGGAUGAGAGAGAAGCAGAACUCAAGAAGGAGUAUAACGGCCUUCAUCAAAGACACACUGAGAUGAUCCACAGCUACAUGGAGCACCUGGAGCGAACUAAACACCAACAUGCCGUCACAGCAGCAGAGCCCUCAGAGGCAGGAGCGUCAACCAGAACACGAAAGGAGCGUCCCAUCUCCAUGGGCAUUUUCCAGCUUCCUGGGACUGAUGGUAUGACCUCUGACCUCCAGAGGGAACCUGUGGACACCCCUUCUGAGCCGUGGAGGUUCAACAACCUUAGCCACCCGCGGUCCAACACCAGCCUCAAGGAUGAAAUGUCCGGUUUCAACCGCGCAGGCUCCAGGUCCAGUACUCCGACCAACCAGGGAAGUGUCUCCAAAAGUGGAACUCCUGUGUCCUCGCAAGGUGGAGCGUCCAAAUCCAACACCUCCACGUCCUCUCAGGGUGGUACAGCUCAAUCAAACACCCCCACAUCUACACACAGUGCUAACUCUCAGUCCACCACGCCGCUCUCUCCUCAUGAUGGAGCGUCCACGGGAAUGAGUCUGGCGUCCAACCUGGGCGGAGGGUCUGCCUCUGUCAGAGCCCUGUCUACUGCUGCCUCCGAUGUUGCCAUGGAGUCUUCGGAACAGCAAGUUUCAGACGGGCUCCACAAGAACCUGGACCGGAGCAGGGGAAAGCCAGAGAGCAGUAAAAACAUUUCGGCAGUGCAGGAGGGACAGCAGAGUCAGCUUGGAGAUGGAGCAGACAACCGGGAGAAGUCCGAGGUUCAGGCCAUCAUAGAGUCCACUCCUGAGCUGGACAUGGACCUCGAUGGCUUCAGAGGAGCAAGCACUCCAACUAAAGGCGGCGUAGAGAAUCUAGCAUUCGACCGCAACACCGACUCUCUGUUUGCGGAGCUGUCGUCUGCAGGCAACGACCUGAUAGGAGACAUGGACGAAGGAGCCGACAUGCUGGGUAUGGGUCGAGAAGUCGAACAUCUUAUCCAAGAGAACGCCCAGCUGCUGGAGACCAAAAAUGCUUUGAACGUGGUGAAAAAUGACUUGAUAGCACAAAUGGAUGAGCUGACCUGUGAGAAGGAGGGCCUGCGAGGUGAGCUGGAGGCUGUCACUCAGGCCAAGUCCAAACUGGAGGAGAAGAACAAAGAAUUAGAAGACGAACUCAAGAAGAUUCGAGCAGAGCUUGAGGAGGCCAAACAGAAGGUCAAGAAUGACAAUGAGGAUGACAGUGAUGUGCCUACAGCUCAGAGGAAGCGCUUCACCAGGGUGGAGAUGGCCAGGGUCCUGAUGGAGAGGAACCAGUAUAAGGAGAGGCUGAUGGAGCUGCAGGAGGCGGUCAGAUGGACAGAGAUGAUCCGGGCUUCAAAGGAGAACCCAGCUCUUCCAGAGAAGAAGAAAUCCAGCCUCUGGCAGUUUUUCAGCCGUUUGUUCAGCUCGUCGGGCGCGGCGGCCAAGAAGCCGGCGUCGGAGGCCCCGGUGAACGUCAAGUACAACGCACCCACCUCUCAGAUUCAGCCGUCCGUCAAGAAGAGGAGCACCACCCUGCAGCAGCUGCCCAGUGACAAGAGCAAAGCCUUCGAUUUCCUCAAUGAGGAAGUGGCAGCUGAUAACGUGGUGUCCAGGCGGGAGCAGAAGAGGGCCCAGUACCAGCAGGUCAAAGCCCACGUUCAGAAGGAGGACGACCGAGUGCAGGCUUACGGCUGGAGUCUGCCUAAGAAAUACAAAGCCAACGGUGGUCAGACAGAGAGUAAGGGGAAGAAUCUACCUGUUCCUGUCUUCCUCAGACCACUGGAUGAGAAAGAUGCUUCUAUGAAGCUGUGGUGUGCUGCUGGUGUGAACCUCUCCGGAGGUAAAACCAGAGACGGAGGUUCCAUCGUAGGGGCCAGCGUGUUUUACAGCGACAUGCCUGGACCAGAGAGCCCUAAAAAGAAAAUAGGAUCUCAGAGCAGCCUGGAUAAACUGGAUCAAGACCUCAAGGAGCAGCAGAAGGAGUUGCGGCAGCACGAUGAGAUGUCGUCGCUGGUUUGGAUCUGCACCAGCACCGAGUCCACCACCAAAGCUGUUGUCAUUGACGCCAACCAGGCUGGAAACAUCCUGGAGAGCUUCUUCGUGUGUAACUCUCACGUCCUCUGCAUCGCCAGUGUUCCAGGUGCCAGAGAGACCGACUACCCAGCUGGUGAGGAAGUCGCUCCGAACUCCGAGACGGGACCAGCAGUGGACGGCGGCUUGCCAUCGCCAGACAGCAGCUCGGCAUGUGGCUUGCUCGGAGGCAUCACGGUGGUGGGCUGUGAAGCCGAGGGAGCAGCGGCCGUUCCUCAGACAGCAGUCAGUCCAGGAGAAGACGGAGAAAGUGAAUCCAGACCAGCAGAGGAAGCCACAGAGGCGACAGAAGCCAGCGCCGGGCCUGCUGACCAGAGAGAGAGCCUGAGGGGAGUCUACACCGAACACGUCUUCACCGAUCCACUGGGAGCUCAGCAGACUGCAGAGGCUCCAGCCAACUACUCUCAGAGGGAGAGUGAUCUGUUGAAAGACGGCGUGAGUUCAAACCCCACCGCGGAGGAGCAGGACCUGAUGAGAGAAGAGGCCGAGAAGAUGAGCAGUGUUCUGCCCACUAUGUGGCUGGGGGCACAGAACGGAUGUGUGUACGUCCACUCCUCCGUGGCUCAGUGGAAGAAGUGUCUCCAUUCGAUAAAGCUGAAGGACUCUGUGCUCGGCAUAGUGCAUGUGAAAGGCCGUGUACUGGUGGGUCUCUGUGAUGGAACUUUAGCCAUUUUCCACAGAGGAGUAGAUGGACAGUGGGAUCUGACCAACUACCAUCUGUUAGACUUGGGGAGACCACACCACUCCAUCCGCUGCAUGACUGUAGUACACGACAAGGUGUGGUGUGGCUUCAGGAACAAGAUCUAUGUGGUGCAGCCCAAAGCCAUGAAGAUAGAGAAGUCGUUUGACGCUCACCCUCGUAAGGAAAGCCAGGUCCGUCAGCUGGCCUGGGAUGGUGACGGCAUCUGGGUGUCCAUCAGACUGGACUCCACUCUCAGGCUGUUCCACGCUCACACCUUCCAGCACCUUCAGGACGUCGACAUCGAGCCCUACGUCAGCAAGAUGCUGGGUACGGGGAAACUAGGUUUCUCAUUUGUGAGGAUCACAGCUCUCAUGGUGGCAAGUAAUCGCCUGUGGAUCGGCACCGGAAACGGAGUCAUCAUCUCCAUCCCUUUAACAGACACAGCGAACAAAGCAACCAAGGCAGCAGGGAGCAACCAUCCAGGAAGUGUGGUUCGUGUCUAUGGCGACGACAGCAGUGACAAAGUGACAGCCGGGACAUUUGUUCCAUACUGCUCCAUGGCUCACGCUCAGCUCUGUUUCCAUGGUCACAGAGAUGCCGUCAAGUUCUUCACCGCAGUCCCAGGUCACGCAGUUCCAUCUGCGUCCUGCGGAGUCGAGGCAGCAGGUGAGAAAACGACAGAUGCCGCAACUCAGGAAGGAACCAAGUCCAUGCUGGUGAUGAGUGGAGGAGAAGGCUACAUCGACUUCAGGAUGGGGGACGAGGAUGGCGAGGCGGAGGAGGGCGAGCAGCCCCCCAUGAAGCUGCAGCCCUUCCUGGCUAAAGCCGAGCGCAGCCACCUCAUCGUCUGGCAGGUCCUCGCCAGCGAGGGCUGAACUCUGACCUCGGACCCCCUGAGGCUCCGAUUUGCCUUUUUCUCUCAAACCGGCUGCCAUGGAUGGAGGAGCUCAGGUGCAAGACCUCUCCACAGACAGAGCUUAAUCAGCACUUUCUUACUUCCUGAACAAUAAGAGCUAAACAAGCAGAAACUGCUCCGAGGGCGUACUCGGUGGUAAACUGGACUGGAGCAGUGCAAACAGAUUCACACAAACUGCAUGUUAUGUUUUAUUAUUAGUUGUUUUUUCUUAUUUGUUCCUUUUAAAUUGUAUGAAUUUGAAUUUCAAUCUGUUAUAAUGCCUCUUCUGUCUCUUCUAAUAUUAUUUGCGGUAAAGCUGUUAUUGGAUACAGAACUUUUUGUUACACUUGCGCUCAGCUCAGCAAAUCCAAUGGACUUUCCUCCCAACAUCUCUGGGUUCCCUUCAUUCAGUUCAGUUGUUGUGUGCUCAUGUCGGACUGGACUUGAUGCUAAAUCAGUCGGUCAAACAGAAUAAUCUCCCCUGUUGCUCUUUAAUAAUGUAAGACUGGGGCAAUCAUGUGUAGGAGCAAAUCAUGUUGGAUUCUUUAUGAAUCCUAUUUCAUGUUGUUUCGUUUGGUUUUUCACCCUUUGAGAACUUGGCUUUUGAUUGUAUGCAAGACAAAUUUAAUUGAUUGCCGGUUGUCUCCUGGUCAGGACUUGUUUUAGUCCAAUGCAAUACAUCAGCUUCAUCUUGUUAGCAUGUGUUGCAGAAGAUGGCCCUGCAUUUAUCAUAAAAUUCAAGAUGCACGUCCCAGUUUAUGCCUCUCAUAAGAGCUUUACCAUUCCAGUCACGGAGCAAAGCAUCCAAUAUUCUGGAGAAAAAAAGUUCUGCACUGUUCUGAUAAAACCCAGAGGGUUUCCUAAUAACACUUAUCUCUGUGCUGAUGAUACUCCCAGAACCAAUUGAAUGAAAAAAUAUUCAGUCUGCUGCAUGAUAAAAGAGACUUUUAAACCCAUGCCUUCAGAACAGCAGUAAGUGCGGCAAAAUUACCCAUUUGUUUUUUUUGUCACGCUAGCAGAUGGGUGUCGCUGUGAGCCGCCGGCUCGCCUUCGCCAUGUUGAAAGCUAUUGAGAGGCAAUCUAAAUGCUGCAGUCUUCUAUCUUGCACCUUUACCUUUUGUGAUCCCCUUACUUUUCAUCUAGCAUCAUCAUCAGGUCAAAAUUUGAACGUUACCAAUACUUUUGUUUAUGACCAAAUAGCUGCAAAUCGAAUGCCAUUCCCAUCAGCCUCUGCUGUACAUUGUGUUUAGUGCUAAUUAGAAAAUGUUAGCAUGCUAACAAACUAAAUUAGGCCGUUAACGUUACCAUUGUCAGUGUAAGCAUAUUAGCAUUCUGAACUUAGCAUUCAACUCAGAGCACCACUGUGCCUGGACAAAGCCUCAGAUAGCUGCUAACAGGUGUGUAAUCAUUUUUUCUCUGUGACUUGAAUGUAAUGAUUUUACAUUAGAGGCACAAACUGGAUCCUAAGUUACUCACUGACCCGUUCAAACAACCCUUAAUAAGGAAAUGAAAGGCAGCGGCUGCUUCUGCUGCUGCAUCUGCUGCCACGAGCUGUACAUCAGCCCUUCCUUCAAGUUAGUUUUGGUUGCAAUGCUGAAAGAUUUGCACACCGAAGAUUUGUAUUUAAUCCAAUAUAACACGAGGAUGCUGUCGGUCGUCUGCUCUCAAUCUACCCACCAGCUAGUAGACACUUUAAACAAAGCGCCUUAGGUAUCAAGGCUUGAAAAGACUUGAUUCACUCUGCUUUUCAAGUGUGACAAAGUAUUUAUUUUUUCUUAAAAGAAUGUUGCUGCGCUUGCUACCAAAGUAUAAAGAAUGGCUAGUUUUUCACAUGCUGAAACAAUAAUGGUGUCUCACCUUUAUAUAGAGCAGCAUGUUCCAGUCAGCCUCCGUGCAGAUGACAUGCACGUUUUUUGUAACAGAAAUCCCAGUGUAAGGAUACGAUAUAUUUUUUGACUUUCAUAUGUGGGAAUUGACGUAUUUUCAGGGUUUGAGAGAAGAGAUUGUGCUGGACCCGAUACUAUGAGAGGAUACAAAACAAGCCGCCACGCAUGAGGAUUACGUAACCCCCCCCCCCCUAUUAAUUCUUAUCUCGACUUUUAGAGGUCAGAAUUCUAACAUUGACAGUUUUGGUUCUGCGGCGCUGCUUUGCCCCCUUUGAGCAAGAAAUAUGUUUAUCUGAAGUUAUCCUGUUUAUAUGUUUAUCCUGAUGGGAAAAUUAUGUUUUAAGUCUAUUUUUAUGAACUUUUUUUUUUUUUUUUUUAAUCUUUGUCUUUUUGACUGUACUGUCUGAGUACAGUUCACAAGAUGUUCAUUUGGGUGUAAAAUGAGACUGUAAAUCUGGCCUCUGUGUACCAGUACACUGCACUGGUAUGCUCUUUGUUUGGUCCUCUUUGUAUUGAACAGUAUCAAAGGAUGUCUGUCCUUAUCCUGAUAUCCUGAGUGUGUGGGUGUGUGUAUGUCUCCUCUCCAAGAGAGGAGGGAAAUGUUAUUGCAGUUUAGCCAUUUCAGUAUUUAUUUACAAUGAUUGAGCCUUCGCAAUUCAGAUUGUAUCUUUGUACAUUGAAUAUGAAUAUAUAUGAUUAUAUAUGGAUGGAACAUGAAAUGGCUUGGGUUUAUUGUUUUGAAAUUAUAUAAAUUUGUUUUGUAGGGGGGACUUACUCAGCUAUGCACUAUUGCUAUGAGAGGGGCGGGGUUUGCUUCAUUUUUAGCUUUUAUUUUUAUUUAAAACGUAGGAAGAAACCCAGCAGCCUGUCCACAGACCCUGACACAAUCAGUCAUCAGCUAAUGCAGGAAAAAGGAAAAAGUCGAACUGAAGUCAACAAGCAAUCUCACCACUCCGUGAUUGAGUGAUUUGCCCUCGUCCACAGGUCUGUCAGCCCUCUCAUCUGCACACGCGUGUCUUUAACUUGGCAGUGACUUUCUCUCUUCCAAGUUAGCGGUACACACCAUCUUGUACUUCUUCGGCAUCUCUGGCCUUAAGUAUUUUAAAAGUCUAUUAAAGCAACUUUGGUGGGCAAGCUUCGUCUGCUUGUAAUGUU